CCUGUAAUCGUGCUGGCUACAUGAAAUGGACUAGAAAGUGGGCGCCAUAUGCAGCAACACCCUACAUCUACCACAAAGACCAGUGGGUCAGCUAUGACGACACAGACAGCGCCGACGUAAAGGUGAAAUGGUUUCGGGACCGUUCGCUGGGCGGCGUCUUCGUGUGGUCGUUGGGAGAGGACGAUUACGGGGGCAACUGCAAGCAGGACGAACAGUACCCGAUGGUGACGGCGGCAUGGAAGGUCAUGAAGGACUACCGGCCCAUAAACUUCUAUCGUUCCCGGAGGAGAAAGGGCUGAAAGCUGCCAAGACACAAGGUUGGAAGGAACAAACCUUGGAUAUAUUAAAAGAAAAAAAAAUGAAGAGUGAGAAAUUGGACGGUGCCGAUCGGAAACAUGCCACCGUCGAUUGCGUUGUUGAAUUAUGUCUUAA